AUGAAGUUUGUAACGAUAGAAGGGAGCACGUCUUAUGAUAAGUUGAAAGCGUUGCCACCUUUUGUCAAAAGCCAAAAUGUACUACUAGAAUCAUUAUUCACAUCAGUUAAGACUGAAUUAAGCCAAGUUUCCGAGGAUAUGCAGUCAGUUCAUAAAAUAAUUGAGUCUGAUAUAAAAAGUGAAACUGAACAAAUGACCAAACUGGAUGAAAGACUGCGUGACUCUGCAAAGAAAAUUAAUCACAUUUACAUGAAAAACUUACGAUUUCGAAACAAGUAUGGGACUAGUACGCAUGGUUCUAAAAGAUUUCAGAUGACAAAGGAUAACGUCAUAGAGUUAGAAGAGCGAAUUGGACAUAUAAACAAGGUAAAAGAUGAGAUCUUAAAUAAAUUUAUAGAAGUUGAUAGGAAGUUAAGAAAGAACCAACGAUUGUUGUUACCUGACUCGAUUAAUGAAAGACAUUACCCAACACUUUUUACAUUAUUGAAGAAACAAUAUCCUACCCUGUUUGAAUGUACACCAGAAGAAAUAAAACAAGAUAAAGGUGAUACUAAUUAUAUUGAAGCACUGGGUCGAAUUGAUCUUCAUCGUGAUGUGCCGAAUUACCCACAUCAUGAUAUAGAAAGAGAACAUAGCGACAUACCGAAUAUUUCUACAGAAAGUAAUACUAAUUAUAAUAGUUGCAUUGGUGAUACAGAACCAAAAAAUGAUAAUAUUAUGGCAUAUACAGAUCUAGGGGAUAUAGACAUUCCUGAUGUUAAGUCAAAUGAUAUCACGAAUAAGAAUGAUUCUAUAUUGGAUAAUACUAUUUCUAGUAAGGAAUCUAGUACUUCAAUGUUGACAGUCAAAGAUAGGGAUAGAAUUAAAGUAUCCCUUUCAAAUCCAUUCGUUUUAGGCUCGUUUAAGAAACCUAGUUCGGCAAAAACAUUAACAACGACGAAAAACAUCAGCGCCUCAGACAUUACUAGUGCUCAUCUUUCAAAUCAGGAUUCGAAAAACGUUCAGUUUAGUAUCUAA